AUGUCUACCAUUAGUGAAUGGUCUAUACUUGAAAAAUUACUACUGACACAAGCCGUAUAUAAAUAUGGCGAAAACAUGUGGUUCCAAGUGGCCCGUGUAUUAAAGCAACAUGGCUUGAUUCAACCUCAACAACGUCCAUCCGAUUUCUUCAGUCAAAAGAAUUGUCAAUUUCAAUACUAUUUACUUGUUGAACAACUCGAAGCCGAAAAACAAGUGUACCGACAUAACGACUUGAAAAACGAUAUGCCAGUAGUUGUUCGCAUUGCACGCCAGUUAUAUCUACAAAGAAUUGAAGAAGUAAAGGAAAGGUUGAACCAAGAGCAAACAGAAUUUGGAAAGUUGGCUGAAGAAAUCCAGGCUAUCAAGUCUGGUAAAUGGGAUGAUAGCUUGAAAGGUGAUAUACAACAAGAGCAACAACAACAGGAAAUCUGUAUUAAGCGUACUUCAACUACACCUACCUCCGCCAGAAGGUUAAAUGCCAAUAACAGCGAUCAAAGACAAAAGGCAUGGCAAAAGAACAUCAAUUUGUUAUGGCAGGAGAUUGCAAAUCACAAAAAUGGAACCAUGUUUAUGAACCCUAUUAAAAAGUCAUAUGCCCCACUUUAUGACAAGGUCGUUGUAAAAACGACAGCCGAAUUUGAGCGUGAUAUAGUCUUAAUGUUGACUAAUUCCCUCAUGUAUAACAAGGAAGGUACAGAAAUGUAUCUGAUGGCUUUGGAAAUGUUGGAUGAUGUACGAGAACAAAUCAGAUUAUUCAAAUCUGCAGAUAGCUAUUCCGUUUCUUUUUGGGAAAAUGAGACCCAACAAUAA